AUGCAUGACGCAUCCAGUAAGACUGAUGGACUUGUCGCCGACACUUCGGAGGUGAGUACUUCGAUGACCGACCUGCUCGGCGCCGCUACCCCGCAGCAUAUGACUGAACAGUUCAAGGAGCGCGAGCGCGUCAUUGCGCGACGCAAACUACCAAGCAUUGAGAGACGUGCUGCCGAACUCGAGCGUGAGCUUGGGAUCGCGCGCUGGAGUGUGGAUAGCGCCGAUUCCCUCGCCGUGCAACGAAAGCUCGUCCUCGCCGUGAGGAAGCUCGAGCGUCUUCUUGUCGCGAGGCUACAAGAGCUUUCCAAAGCUCAUCUUCGGUGUACUGGAUACAAGCAACAGAAGCAGCUUGCGAAAGUUAUCACCCGGCGCGACAUGGCUCUCCGUACCGCUAUCAACACUGUAAACCUUCCGCGAGCGAUCCACCAACCGGGCUCACAAGAGCUCACAUACAAAGAGGUCGUUGAGAUGGACUUCUCGGCCGAACUCGACGUCCUCAAGGAGUCUCAGUACGACGUCCUUGCCAAACCGUGGAUGGACCGUGACAAUUGUGAGGCGCAGACAGCCUAUUGA